CUUAACCUCAUAAUGUUGGAUCAAAAACAAACCCACAUUUGUGCGAUUACAGACUCGGACGCGUCCGAGAGUAUGUUACCGGCGGUACAUCCUCUGGCCCCGUUAUCCAUGAGACUGAAGAAAUUUCUGAAGAAACAGAUCCUGGUGUCGGAGCACAAUCCCCAAACUUCAAUUUUUUUUUUAACUUCUGCGACAAUUGUCGAAGAAAAGAAGCGGCAAGUAGAAUCGGGAUCUUGGAUCGUGCAUCCGUUCAGCGUUUUCAGGAUUUACUAUGAGAUGUGGAUGGCACUCGUGUUCUUUUUGAAUUUAGUUUAUAUUCCUUUGAGUGCGGCUUUCGGCUUCCUGUUGAACGAAGACGAAACGGUUCAUUUACUAUUGAACGCAUGCUGUUUAUUCGAUAUUUUCAUGAAUUUUUGUACUGGAUACCGCCUUCCAAGUCUCGAGGUUGAAAUGAAUCCGAGAAAAAUUGCCAAGCACUACGUUUUUGGAAUAUAUUUUAUAUGCGAUUUGUUGUCGUCCUUGCCGUUCGAUAUUGUUACAAACAACAGCGUGGUUAACGAUAAUUUUCCCUUAUUGAAAAUUGUUAGACUCGGUACUUUACUGAAGUACAUGGGGAGAAGUUUUCACUUUUUUAAAAUCAGGAGCUUUUACAUCGAAUUAGCGACGGUGAUACUACUGAUAACUCACUACUUGACUUGCUUAGCUUUUUACCUUCCUCUGUUAGGGAUGUCAGUAACUCAUGGUAGCGUAGCAAGGGAUGCAUUCAUAUUGAAAGAGAUUGGUACUCUUGAACAUGAUUUGAGCGUUUUUUUGAAUUGGUACACUUCGUUUUGGUAUGACACCACGUCUUAUCUCUUGAAUAUCGAAAAAGAAUUUAAGUUCGAUUGGCCCGCAGUGGCGUACAUUGAGGCAAUUGUUUUUUGCAUCUUUGGAAAAGUGUUUUUCGCUUUUGUAACAGCUAUCCUUCUCGAGCGUUAUCGACUUUACAAAACUGUGGAAACUAAGUUCUAUGCACUGAUAAGUCAAGUCGAUGCAUUCAUGGAGAUUCAUAAAUUUCCCAUUAAGUUACAAAAAAAAGUGCACCAAUACUACAAGUACAAAUAUAGGAUGAAGUUUUUCAACGAAAAUCGUGUUGACGAUAACCUUUCCGAAAAUUUACGAACAGAAAUCAGAUAUCACAAGUUGCGCACUUUCGUGAAAAAUGUAACUAUCUUCGACUCUAUACCGUCAGAAAUUCUUGAAAAAGUAUUCAUCCAGUUGAAAAAAGAAAUAUACUUGCCACAAGACGUAAUCAUCACAGCUGGCGUCAGCGGAGAUUCGAUGUUCUUUAUCAGUUCUGGAACUGUAGCCGUAUUCUCACCAACAGGAAAAGAAAUUUGUCACUUAUCCGACGGUGACAAUUUUGGAGAAAUUGCUUUAGUUUUUCCGAACAAAAAAACCACGGCGAGUGUAAUAGCUUUAGAAAUUUGCGAAGUGUAUAGACUGGACAGAAAACCGUUUAAAAAAUGUUUGGAGAAACAACAGGAUCUAUACAAGAAGAUUCAAGAGGAAGCCAAGAGGAGGUUAAAAGAGACGGAUCAGAUACACAGAAGGCAAAUUUUGACCACAUCCACGAAUCCGCAAAUCUUAUAG